CCAACUAAUCGGAGUACUGAGCAAGAUGAUGGGGACUUCCGUCCACCGUGGGUGUACUCCGCGUCUCACAUCCUCACCUAUACCCUGAUACCCACUGCUAUAGUGUAUUGCGUCUUUCUUGCUGAUUGGGGUGAGCGGGAACAUGUCUUCUCGCCGGUACGU